AUGGCAGACCCUUUUACAUGGGGCGGAGUGGCGUGGGCGAUUGCUUCAGGAGCGAUCGGAUGGAUUGGUUCGAAGAUCAUGGAUGGUCUGUUUGGGACGGGAUCGGAUCCUGUUGAGCUUCAGGCGGAGUCGAUCAGGCGACUAGCCCUUGUGUUCCAAAAAGCUCUUGAAGCCGAGCGGCUUCAAAACGCCACCGAUAAGCUAAGAAGCCUGCUUGACAACAUCGCGGAGUACAACAACGCACCAUCGACAAGCUUGUUCCGGCUAGAGGAUGCCACAACGGACUCACUAGACCUACUUUCCACACUUGCCGGCUUGGAAUACCUUGGACUACCCUCUUAUUUCGUCGCAGUGAGCGUCAGAAUAACUAUUCUGCAAGAGCUACAUCUGGUCUCUGGAGACAAUGGGGAAUUACUCAGCAUCCUUCGCCACAUCAAGCGUUCCAACGACCAAUGCGAAUAUGCGUUGGCAAGAGGCUUCGACCUAUACAACGGCCUGAUAACUCCUCCGAAAUCAACCGUGCCUGGGUGGAUUGCGGCAUUCAAAGACCAGUUUUUCAUCGCACCCACGCAAGCGGAAGUACUUGAACAGGUAAGAGAAGCGAGCCGAGCUUUUAGAAAGGCGGAGAUAGAUCCGAAUGAGGAUUUAUACGACAAGUUGCGCUGGAAGUGGUCCGACGUUCGUGAAGGCGCGUUAGAGCGAGCAAAAGCUGCGGGCAUCGAGGUGCCGCCAGGAUUAUAA